GUCUGGGCAUGAUCAGCCUAGGAGGAUGUCGCUAUCGGAGAGGGUGCUUGCCUAAACUCCAGACUGAGGACUUGACUUGUGAUAGCUAACUCUGCGUUGUUUGGGUAGAUUUAAAUUCUGACUGGAGAUAUUGUCCUCAGUAGAUCCACCUGAAAGACUGCACAGAGAACGCGACAAUUCCUCCUUCAAAUGGGAGCUCUCUGAAAAGCACAUGAGAUUUUGUUCUGCUGGUUUAGUCCUAUGAGAAGCUACCCAAGCCUGAGUGAGAUCUACCAGCCUUGAACCUCUGCGAUUCUAAAGCGCACCAGUCCUACAGUUAAUUGGAAGAGUGAUUCAAACAGUUUCAGAGGAUCGGAAGAACAAUGCUCAGAGGCCGAUCCCUGUCGGUGACAUCCCUCAGUGGGCUUCCCCAGUGGGAAGUUGAAGAACUUCCCGUGGAGGAUUUACUGCUCUUUGAAGUUGCUUGGGAAGUGACCAAUAAAGUUGGUGGCAUCUAUACUGUGAUUCAGACAAAGGCCAGAGUAACAGCAGAUGAAUGGGGAGACAAUUAUUUCCUGAUUGGUCCCUAUUUUGAGCAAAAUAUGAAGACUCAGGUGGAACAGUGUGAACCUGCUAAUGAGGCUGUUAGAAGAGCAGUGGACACAAUGAACAAACAUGGCUGCCAGGUACAUUUUGGAAGAUGGCUGAUUGAAGGGAGUCCUUACGUGGUGCUCUUUGACAUAGGGUCUUCGGCUUGGAAUUUGGACAGGUGGAAGGGUGACCUCUGGGAAGCAUGCAGUGUCGGCAUCCCUUAUCACGACCGAGAAGCCAAUGAUAUGCUGAUAUUUGGAUCUUUAACUGCCUGGUUCUUAAAAGAGGUGACAGACCAUGCAGAAGGUAAACAUGUCAUUGCCCAAUUCCACGAAUGGCAGGCUGGAACUGGACUGAUUCUUUCUCGAGCCCGGAAACUUCCUAUUGCUACAAUUUUUACUACUCAUGCCACACUGCUUGGGCGGUAUCUCUGUGCAGCAAACAUUGAUUUUUAUAACCAUCUUGAUAAGUUUAACAUAGACAAAGAGGCCGGGGAGAGGCAGAUCUAUCACCGGUACUGCAUGGAGCGGGCCGCGGUCCACUGCGCCCACGUGUUCGCCACGGUCUCGGAAAUAACAGCGAUAGAGGCGGAACACAUGCUGAAGAGAAAGCCUGAUGUAAUUACUCCAAAUGGCUUGAACGUUAAGAAAUUUUCAGCAGUACAUGAGUUUCAAAAUCUACAUGCAAUGUACAAGGCUAGGAUACAAGAUUUUGUUCGAGGUCAUUUUUAUGGUCACCUGGACUUUGAUCUUGAAAAGACUUUGUUCCUUUUCAUUGCUGGGAGGUAUGAGUUUUCAAACAAAGGAGCUGACAUCUUCCUAGAGUCCUUAUCCAGGCUAAAUUUUCUGCUGAGGAUGCAUAAAAGUGACGUCACUGUGGUGGUGUUUUUCAUCAUGCCUGCCAAGACAAAUAAUUUCAAUGUGGAAACCCUGAAAGGCCAGGCAGUGCGAAAACAGCUAUGGGACAUUGCCCAUUCUGUGAAGGAAAGGUUUGGAAAGAAACUCUAUGAUGCCUUAUUAAGAGGAGAAAUUCCUGAUAUGAACAAUAUUUUGGAUCGAGAUGAUCUAACAAUUAUGAAAAGAGCCAUCUUUUCCACUCAGCGACAGUCUUUGCCCCCAGUGACCACUCACAACAUGAUGGAUGACUCCACGGACCCCAUCCUCAGCACCAUCAGGCGGAUUGGGCUCUUCAACAACCGCGCAGACAGAGUCAAGGUGAUUUUGCACCCAGAGUUCCUAUCUUCCACCAGCCCCUUGUUACCCAUGGAUUACGAAGAGUUCGUCCGAGGUUGUCAUCUUGGAGUAUUUCCGUCAUACUAUGAGCCGUGGGGUUAUACUCCAGCCGAGUGCACUGUGAUGGGUAUCCCCAGUGUGACAACCAACCUCUCCGGCUUUGGCUGUUUUAUGCAGGAGCACGUGGCUGAUCCUACUGCAUAUGGUAUUUACAUUGUUGACAGGCGGUUCCGCUCCCCAGAUGAUUCUUGCAAUCAGCUGACUCAGUUUCUCUAUGGAUUUUGCAAACAGUCACGCCGCCAAAGAAUUAUCCAGAGGAACCGAACUGAGAGGCUCUCAGAUCUUCUGGACUGGAGAUACUUAGGCAGAUAUUAUCAGCAUGCCAGGCACCUGACAUUAAGCAGAGCCUUUCCAGAUAAAUUCCAUAUGGAACCCACAUCACCACCAACGACAGAGGGAUUUAAAUAUCCCAGGCCUUCCUCAGUACCACCUUCUCCUUCGGGGUCUCAGGUAUCCAGUCCUCAGAGCAGUGAUGUGGAAGAUGAAGGCGAAGAUGACAGAUAUGAUGAGGAAGAGGAGGCCGAAAGGGAUCGGUUAAAUAUUAAGUCACCAUUUUCUCUGGGUCAUGUACCUUAUGGGAAGAAAAAGCUACAUGGUGAAUAUAAGAACUGAACUCCUCACUUGUUCAGUUCAGCUCAGAAAAUUUCAUUUUCUUCUUCUAAGAAUCACAAUGGGAUUUAUUCUCUGCUUCAAAGUAGAAAUUAAGUCAGUAACAAUGUUAUAACUGAAAAUCCAAGUUAUUUUCAAUUCCUUUUCCUUUAGUAAAUUUAGGCAUGAGGAAUAGUGUAUUAAAUGAGGAAGACUGGAAGUGUUUUUAAAAUGGUUAAUUUAAGCAAUAACAAUUUUUGUUUACUAGUGUUUUUCAAAUUAUCAUCACCAUAAUCCUUUGUUUAGUAUUUAUACAGCUUCUAUACCUACCAAACAAGUCUCCCAUUUCCCCCCCGAAAAGAUCCUGUUCUUAGCCAUGAAGUUUCCAUGCCUACCUAUUUUAAAAAACUCAGUCUUUAAUGAUUAUUUUCACUUUUCACAUGAGUCAGAAACAAUUCAUAUCUAGCUUUGCUGAUAACCAAAAUACAUGAUAAAACAGCUAUCCUAAAUCCAGAUCUUGAUGCAUAUUCCCGCAUAUUUACAAGAUCACUUCUCUAAUUUGUGCUGUGACUUCUCAUCAUAACAUAUUUUUAUUGUUUAAAAGGAAAACCUAUUUGAAAACUUGGUCAGUUAGCCACAGAUGAUAAAUUUUUAAAUCCAAAUUAAUAAAUAUAUCAAUAUUUAAAGAUUUAACUUUCAUUGAUGUCUUGUUUAAAGUUCUUUGACAUUUAAGUAAGAUAACACAUACAGCACCUGGUACAUAAAGCACCUGCUACGUAAUAGAGCCUUAUAAAGGACAAAAUUUUAAAAAUGUAUUUAAAAAAGCAUCAAAAAGAAAAUUUAGAAUCAACUUUAUAAUAAGGACAGUCUCUCUAACACAUUCAUCAUAUGCUUGGAGACACUGUUGAAUGACUGUAUUUAAGCAUGUUUUGAAUGUAAUUAAAUCUUAACUGGCAAAAACAAAGCAAAACAAAUUCACACUCAGUCUUGGAUUGUCUUUUUCACAACUGAGAAUUAUUACUGAGUAUUAUUUAGAUCACAGCAAACACCUUCAUUGGCAUGUCAGCUGGUCUAGGUCAACAGAGGCUCUAGAAAUGUUCUGGUCUUCUCAGCACGGUGCUGUUGAUGGCAACAAGGGAAGAGCGACAAUGGUGGUGUGUCAGAUGGUUCGAGACCAGCUCAGAACUGUAACCAGGUUUCCUGCUGCCCUGCUGUUAGGGGAAAUGCAGGAGAAUGGUGGGCACAAACAUCAGGCCAAAAUGGGAGAUGGCUGCAAGCUCACCUCAUGCAGAGGUUCAGGAAGAAGGGAAAUCAAUGACCGAAAGCCCAAGCCUUGAACCAUGCCCCAUGGAUGCCAAUGAACCCAGUGUCUGCAGGGCCAUUUGGAAAGGUCUGUGCCAAAGAUCAGAAACGGUAUGAGAUGGAUUUGUGCUACAGUACAAACACUCUUUUGCUGAAGUACCAGAGAGAUCUAAUGAUAAAAAGGAGUUUCGCUAUUAGAACAACCAGAAAAAAAUGUAUCCCUGGGAAAGUGGCACGCUGUAUGUUUUCAAAUGAUACUCUUAAUUGGUAAUUGGUUGGGUCACUUAUUGAAAACAUGAGCUAUAUAAUAGAAUAACUUCUUAAUAUAAAACUUUAAAAGUCAUCAAGUACUUUUUAAAAAAAGUAGAAUAAUCCUCUGAUUAGAAAUGAGUAUAAAUGCUAGUACACGUGGAAAUUGACAGACCUGCAAACACCUGGUUUUGAGUGGCAUGUGUAGGAGUCAGAGCUUCUACCCUGCAGUAGGUCCUCUAUUCAGACAGCUGCAGCCACGUGAUUCCACCCUCUUUUCCCCGUCACUUAUUGCCCUUAGCCCAAUAUUGACAAAGCCCAGUGAGUAGCAGCAAUCAGGAUUGUUAGAUGAUUCUGUGUCUAAUACACAGUAGAUGCAUAAGUAAAUGGUCUUAUUGGGAGAAACAGUGUGACACUAAGUUUUCCAGGGCACAAAGAGGACUAAGAAAAGGAAGUGUUCAAGUGUACCCUGGGGAGAGUCAAAGAGACUUCAUAGGAUGAGCCUAACUUUUUCUUCACAGAGUGGUUUUAAGGAUCAAGCCAAAUUAGAAAUGACCUCUUCCUGAAGGAACUUAUACUCCAGAAAAAGGAGACCAACAGGUUACAUUCCCAGGUCCCCUUUCUCCUGGAGCCAAAGUAAAAUAAUGUAACUCAAGGUUGAAAGGACACAGACUUUUAUUUCUCAGAACCAGGUAAAGAAAUGUGGCUUUUGAUGUACAGACCUCUCUGCCUUCUUAUCUGUCUCACGAUUACACUGGUGGUGUGGGAGGAGAGGAGGUGUUCCCUCUGGGGAACCCAGGGAAACAAAGCGUAAUUGAGAGCCCAGCCUGGGGAAUAUGUAUAUACAGUGGCAAAGAGGGGAAGAGCAAUGAGAACUGUGUAAAAGUGGCUGCGAGUCCAAUCCGGAGGUGGGAAUGUUCUAGUACAUGGAUAUGCCUGGGAGGCAGAUAAUUUCCCAGUUUGAAAAUCCAAGCCAUACCAUGUGAAAAAUUUUGGUCACUGAUCAUUUGUUCAUUUCAGCAUUGAAAGAGGUAGAACUAAAGAGAAUUGCGAAGAGACUCUAAGAGAGAGGUAGGAAGUCACGGCAAACUGGGCACAGGAGCCGCUGUGCGAUGGCUGUGUUAAUCAGCACAUCAGUGCAGCUGAAAAGCACUCAAGGAAUUCAAGUACUUAUAAUACAUGAAGCUGAUAUUAUUUUAAUGGCUACUGGCCAUUUAGACAGCUUUUUAAAACACUGUUUUAGAGGAAAACACUUGAGAUUGUUCUAGUUCACUGUUGGAAGAAUUACUUUACAAGAUAGAUUUUAACAGUGUUCUGGGAAUAAACAUGAUGUUUAAAUGAAUAGUAUGUACAAGUCUAUGUCAGAUGAGUAAAUAAAUAUCAAUAAACUGGGUAUAUGCACUGUCUAGAAAAUGCACUUUAAAAUCAAAUCAUAAUAAAUGACAGAUGCCUAUUAUAAUGCCACAUAGAUUUUUUAAUGCUAGCAUAUUUUGGGGCAGAGAUCAAUGUCACAUUAACUUGAAUAUAACUUCAUUAUUCAACUAUGAAAUAAGAUACAGACAAACCAUAUAAGCAGGGUUUUGAUUACUUAACACAGUAAAAUUUUAAUUCUGAGUUGCAGAGACAUUUCACAUCAGGAUAUUGUUUAGCUACUGAAUAAUGGCUAUAUACUGAUGACAGUAAGAAUUAAUAAUACUUUCUGCUUAUGACAUUUAUCAGUAACAACUUUCAAUUAAGACAAUGAACAUGAUGUUUAUAUUGUAAUUACAAAUAAAUAUAUUACAUGCUUGUUGUACAAUA